AUGGAAAGUAUACUUCGUCCUAUUGUCUAUCCUCAACUUUAUUCAUUAACACUUGUCAAUUUGCAAUCAGAUACACUUUUACCAUACUUAACAGAUGAUACAAAGAUUCGUUAUCUUCUCACUGAUCAAAUCACACAUCUGAAUAUUAACAUCAUUGAUCAAAUAACAACAGAACUAGAUGAUGACAAUGAAUCAAAUUUAUUUCCAUUAUUAUUGUCGAUAGGCAAAUGUCUAACUGAUUUGACUUUUAGUCAAUGGUUUUGUUGUCGUGAAAAUUCACAGAUUUCAAUUUUUCAUAUGCCAUCAACAAGUUGUGUUUCUUCAACGCUCAGUAAAUUGAAUAUGAAUGUCAAUACUUUUGAUGAUUGUCUUUAUCUUCUUGAUGGACAUCUUGAUUCUUUAUCUAUAUUGAUCAUUAAUAUUCGUAAAAUUUCCGCUCCAUUAUCAAAUAUUGAUAAUACAAAACAACUUUGCAAACUCAAAUGUUUUUCAUUACUUGCUUAUGGCCGAACAUAUUUUUAUGACAGUCGAGUUGUACCAUUACUCUGUCGAAUGUCCAAUCUUGAAGAAUUAACAUUAUAUCUAUCGAUAAUAAGAACUGAAUCGAUUUAUAUUGAUGGUACUCAUUUAUACGAUGAAAUUCUUAUUCAUAUGCCACUAUUAACCAAAUUCAAUUUCAGUAUAAAUACUCUUGUUUUCAGUAAAGAUAUAAUUAAUCUUCCAUCAAACCAUGAUAUUCAACAUAGUUUUGUCAAAAGAGGAUAUCAACAAAUUGAUUCAUAUACUCACAAGGAAUCAGAAACAGGCACUACAUGCCAUAUCUAUUCAGUUCCAUAUCAAUUUGAUUGUUUCAAUAUGACCUGCCAUUUUCAGGGUGGUAUAUUUGAUAAAGUUCAGUAUGUGAUGAUGGGUGAAAGAGAACAUCCUUUUGAACAUGAACUUUUUCAAAUCAUCUCUCAUUCUUUUCCUUUUCUUCGAACACUAGUUAUAUGUAAUUAUGAACCACAAAAAAGAAAACAACAUUCAUCUACAAUCAUCAUCUUUCCUUAUCUUCGUAGUCUCGAUCUUCAAAGGGCAAAUGUUGAUUAUGGUGCUCAAUUUCUCUGUGACACAAAAAUUCAUCUGCCUUGUUUGUUGAACCUGACAAUUCCUUAUGAAUCACUAGCAAUGAUAACAAACAAUUUUACCAAUGAUUUGACACGUCUCACUUGUGCUCGUUUGCAACGUCUUAGUAUAUGUGGCUCGUAUGUUCCUUCAGAAAAUUUUCAUUCAUAUUUUCCUUCAUGUUACAUGUAA